AAAGACCUGGGAAGUGAGUGCUAGGAAUCUGCUGCUGCUGCUGCUGCUCCUCUUCACAUUAUCCCUCAUCCAGGACUGUCACCACACUGUGGGAUUUGAAGACAUCAUUCACACCAUUCUCCACCUAAAUGCAGUUUUUUUAGGAUGGAAAUCCAGUACGUAUACGGAAGCUAUUAGCACUAUAAUUGCUGUCUGUCACUAUGACAACAAGCCGCUGCAGUCACCUGCCUGAGGUCUUACCAGACUGCACUAGCCCAGCACCCUCUGGAAAGACAGUGGAAGAUUGUAACAGUCUUGUGAAUGGACAGCCACAGUAUGUCAUGCAAGUUUCAGCAAAGGACGGUCAGCUACUGUCGACAGUAGUGCGGACUCUGACAACACAGAGCACUUUCAAUGAUCGCCCAAUGUGCAGGAUUUGUCAUGAAGGAAGUAACCAAGAAGACCUUCUCUCCCCAUGUGAAUGUACUGGAACGCUAGGGACAAUACACCGCAGCUGCCUAGAGCACUGGCUUUCAUCCUCCAACACAAGCUACUGUGAACUCUGUCACUUCAGGUUUUCUGUGGAGCGCAAGCCUAGACCAUUAGUAGAGUGGUUACGGAAUCCUGGCCCCCAGCAUGAGAAGAGGACGCUGUUUGGAGACAUGGUGUGCUUCUUAUUCAUAACACCACUUGCAACCAUCUCCGGAUGGUUAUGUCUUCGAGGAGCGGUGGAUCACCUGCACUUCAGUAGCCGGCUGGAAGCAGUUGGACUUAUUGCACUCACUGUUGCACUCUUUACAAUUUACCUCUUUUGGACACUUGUGUCAUUUAGAUACCACUGUAGAUUAUACAAUGAAUGGCGUCGGACCAAUCAGAGGGUUAUUCUGGUGAUCCCUAAAUCGAUCAAUUUACCUUCCAACCAACAGUCAUUGCUGGGACUGCACUCUCUCAAACGAAAUUCAAAAGAGACUAUAGUGUGACGAGAGAUCGACUGGGACUUGUCUUGCAGCAACAUGCACUGUAGCACUCUCUUUCUCUUCUAUCACUAGGACUUCAUUCAGAGACUGUUAACCCCUAAUUUGGAUAUAUAACUCUCAUUUUCUGGAGCAACAGAACCAGUUUAAAUGUAAAGUGAUGAAUGCUGCAGUUAUGUAUUUGCUAACUUGCCAAACCUGUUCAUUUAGCCGGUGGCAUCUUACAUACACCUCUGUAAUACAGCAGCCUUUAACUCUUUAUUUUGUUAUAUUAUGACAUUAAAGGUAAAAGUACUUUGUUGUACUCCAUUAUGCUUUUCUCCUAGUAGAAAUGUAUUUGCCUUGCCCAAGCCUUUCUAAACCUGCUAACUAAAUAUAUAUAUAUAUAUAUAUAUAUAUAUAUAUAUAUAUAUAUGUUACAGUUAAAACUGUUUUUUUGUGAAAACCAGUGUUGACUGAAUGCCUUUGUGAAAACUAGGAUUUACUGCUUUUCCCUAGUUUAAACCGGGUUUUUAAUGAACGCCUUUGUUCAAACUAGAAUGUUACUGCUAAUACAAAAACGGAACUUUGUAUCCUAUUUUAUACCGAAUAUUGUUGUAUCCUCAAUAAAUGCUACGUCAAAGGUUUCCCUAGUUAAAACUAGUUUUAAAACAAAUUUAAUGACGCUUACCAGGCUAAUACCUCCUCUUCUUCGUCUAAUACCGCCGCAUCAUCAGGUGCCCAACUUUCUUCAUGUAUUACUGUCAUCUUAUUCAAACUCGUUUUCUCAGUUUUAACUGAGUAAUUUUGUUAAAACUAGCUUUCUUCAGUUUAAACCAGUUUUAACUGACAUUCGGGUUUUUGAUUAGCAGUCAAUUCUAGUUUCCAUGAAGGCGCUCAGUAAAAACUGGUUUCAACUAGGAAAAAGCAGUAAAUUCUAGUUUUCACAAAGGCUUCCAGUAUAAACUGGUUUCAACUAGGAAAAAAGCAGCAACUUCUAGUUUUGACAAAGGCGUUUAGUGAGAGCUGGUUUUCACCAGCGAAAUCCAGUUUUAACUGCAAUAUAUAUAUAUAUAUAUAUAUAUAUAUAUAUAUAUAUAUAUAUAUAUAUAUAUAUGUAUAUAUAUAUAUGUUCCGAAAUGCUACAGAGAUAAAGCAAUGUAUUGGCAGACGGAGUUCUCUAUGAGCCAAUAUGUUAAAUGUGAUGAGAAAUGCCUUUACAAUGUACUGUUAUUUGCUCACACCUGAGGCAUUCAGUUUGUGGCCACACACACGCUUUUUUCCCAGGUCAUCUUAAGCAGCAAAUGUCAUAUGAUAGUCACAGUCAAGGGUGCAAUUUUUUUUCACCCUAUGUCUUUCAGAUCGUUGCAUUAAAAUGACAAGUACAUUUGACUGUUGCACGAUUCAGUGUAUUCCUAUGGACUGCCAUCUUCACGUUACAAAAAGUCUAUGUGCAGCCCCAUACAAACAUUUGUGUUAUUUAUGUGAAAGUUUCCAUGUUGGGGUGCAUUCACACCGUUUUUGCAAUACAGUUCCCAUAUAUGUUUUCAAUGUGAAAACCAUAUGGAACCAUAUUGAAAACCGUAUGCAUUGACUCUCCAUUGAAAACUGUAUGCCAAACGAUGCAUCCGUUUUGCGUCUUGUAAGGUUUUGUCCGUUUUAAUACCCGUACCCAAAACCGUAGCCUACCACGGUUUUUGGUCCGGGUGAAAAACCGUAUUAAAUCGUAUAUGUUUUUUUUUUUUAACAUGGGAGUCAAUGGGAACCGUACAGAAUCGUAUGUGCGUACGGUUCCAUCCGGUUUUCACCAUAUGGUUUUUUUCUUGGAAUUUCAAUCAAACAAGUGAAACUUUAUUCAUAAUGGAGGGAAAACGGAUGCAAAAAAAAAAGGAUGCAACUGGACAUCAUUUUUCAAAAUGUAUACAGGUUUUAACCAUAUACAGGUUAAAAUGUGUACACACGUCUUGAUAGAGUUUAGUCCGGUUUUGAGGAAUCCAUUUUUCAUCAAAAACCUGAUAUGGGAAUUGUAUUGCAAAAAUGUAGUGUGAUUGCACCCUUAUUCAGUAAUAUUGGUUAUGUCUUGUACUUUGGCUGCAUUCACAUUCAUGUUCUUUUUGGGGCACUUUUUUAUACAACACAACCAAACAUACUUAACAAUUGAAGCACAAAAUGCAUCAAUUUUUUGAUCCAUCUCAACAAUCCGCUGGAACAAAUAGAUUCAGAAGAAAUAGAUUGAAGAUCAGAUUGAAAAAUGCAUUUCCACAUUGGUUGUCCAAUCUGUCCUUCAUCAAAGAGGUGGUUGGGUCUAGAAUCAGGGAAUUCUGAAGAAAUAGAGGAGCCCCUGCACUCGGGACUUUAUCUGCCAGAGAAGAAAGCAGCUACAAAAAGUGUUUGGAAGACCCAUCACAUCUUUUUUUACCCUAUUGUUCAAUGAGAAUUGUGUAAUUCUUCAUUUGUCCUGUGGAGGUGCUGCAGGGGAAUUGAACACAAGCUGCUGGUUCCUCCACAGAUCAAAGCUGAUUGUUGGGGUCCUGUAUUCAUCUUUUUUCAAUUGGACCCUUCCAACAAAACUGGGUUGUCCAAAGCAGACCACCCCUUUAAACUUUUUUAAAGGGCUUUUUUCCUUUUUUUUUUAUUGUAUAGCUUUUGCUACUUUUACAUUUAGCAAAAUAGUAAUUUUGGUGUCCAGGUGAAUCUCACAUAAUUGUGAUUUGUCACAAACCCAUAAGAAAAGACACUGGUGUGAACGCAGUCACAUACUUUAUAUAGAUAUCGGCUCGGCCUCCACUGUGUGAAAGUAACGUGUCAGUCCAUAGUAAAAGUGAAGAAUCUAGCACAAUACUUUUCUCCAGUGAUGUACGUUUCUCACAUAAAGAUAUGCAGUCAUUUUUGUUAUUUCCUUUUCCUUUUUUCGAAACAUUUUGUAUAAAUAUAUUUAUGGUUUCUAAAAUAUUUUUUUAAACAACUAUUUUUUCCAAGUCUUGCAUUUACAGGAUAGAUGCGCCGAGUGGAUGUAACGUAUUACCACACUGAAUCAUUUCAGUCUCCUCCGCUUUACUUUGGCUGUGAUGCUUAACGUUAUGAUCUUGCUUCUGACUCUCUGGACUCUUCAUUUUGUUCAUAUUAAGAGUGAAGAAAAAAAAAAAAAACAGGAAAGACAUUUUUUAUCCUCAACAGGUCAACUCAUUAACCCUUUCCCCACUGGAGUGCAUAAGAUCCUGAUGUUACACUUUGUCACCAGCACUGUCUGGGAGAUGGAUAACAGGGGCAUUGUACAUCUAAAGCAGUUUUUAAAAUGAUUUUGCAUAUACGUUAUGAGUUAUUAUAACAUUGUGCAUUAUUUAAGUAAUAAAUCCUCCAUAAAAUGGUUGUCAUAAGA